AUGGACUCUGCCUAUGAACAAGAGCGUCUCGCGAAUAUCGCAGAGAAUGAAAAGCUGCUACAAGAACUAGGCAUUGGCGGCGGCGGCAGUUCCGUACUAGGCACGGUACCUCAGAAACGCAACGUAGGCGAAGCGGCACGGCGCCAGCGCAAACGGACACAGAUCGAGACAAGGCCGACGCGUGUGCAGCCGCAACGCACCAGUGCGCGUCUGCAGGGUGUCAAACCGGAGGACGACAAGUCGGAUUCGUACGCGGAACAAGUCGCGGCAGAGCGCGAGCGCGAAAGGAAAUUGCGUACUGCGCGUCAUGAGGACCUGGAUCUCAAGGCGCUUGCUGGAGAUUAUUUGGACGAAGAGGGUACCAAGCGCCUUCGGUCGGCUUUGAGCAUUCGCGACACCAAAGUUAAGGAGGAGCCCCUGGCCGAGUCGCAAACGGAGCUCGAGACACUACUGCGCUCCAUGCGUCUUCAGAGUCAUGCGCGCGUAGCGCAGAAGCGGAUUUACUCUAUGCUUUACCACCCCUCGCAGGACAAGGACCUGAUCUUUACGGGAGACCAGGAAGGUGUACUUGGCGUGUGGGACGCUCGGGCUCCUAGUGAUGAAGACGCCGAACAGGAUGGUUUGCCGGCUGGCUCGUCCUUUGCACUCCAGCUUCAUGCGCGUUCGGCUGUUGGAUGCCUGCGCAUGGAUCCUGCCAAUCAGGACCGCUUGUACUCGAGCUCGUACGAUGCCAGUAUCCGCACUUUUUCCCUGUCGACUGGCGUAAGCACCGAACUGUGGGCUGCUCCGCCCGAUGUGCAGCUCGGCGAGUUUGAUAUCCUGGCGCCGCAGAGCCAGGCUGCUGCUGUUACAGCAACCCCUGCCCCGCAACUGGACGAACGCAGCCUGUGGAUGGCAGAUCACCGCGGAGGCCUGCUGCACCUGGAUAUCCGCUCGAAAGCGCCUACCGUGCGCCGCUGGCAGCUAUGCGAGAAAAAGAUCGGCGGCAUGUCUGUCAAUCCUGCCGCUCCUCACUGCAUUGCUACGGCAUCCAACGACCGUACGAUGCGUCUCUUUGACGUGCGCAUGCUCAAGACCGUACCGGAGACGCCGGAUGCACCGGCUAAGCCUGGCCCAGAAGAGCUCGAUGAAAUGGAGGCCCUCUACGGCAAAGUCCAGCUGGAUUCGCUCGAAAAGAAAAUGGCGUGCACCAGCAUCGACUUUAGCCCUAAUGGCGAAUACCUUGCAGGUGUGUGCUACAAUGAUACCCUGAGCAUUUGGAAUCUGGAGCCUGCGUGGCUCUCGCUCGAUGCAGCGCCUUCGAUCUCUAGCCAAAAGGCACGGCGCCCGCCAAAAGGAGCAGCAAAGUCGGGUAAGCUCACCGACUGGCUCAAGCCUGAGGUGCCUGAACCGACGAGCCUGCGUGAGCGUCCCAAGCGGCUACUCGCUCACCCCCACGAAAUGAUCCACAACAACCAAACCGGCAAGUGGGUGACACUGUUCCGCGCCGCGGAUGGCCACAGGAAAUGGGUCGGGCCGCUGCGUGCUUUGGGCACCGCCUAG